AUGAAAGCCUUCUCAAAAAUGAGCAAGCUGAGAUUGCUCAAAAUCCACAAUGUGGAGCUUUCUGAAGGACCUGAAUAUCUUUCAAAUGAGUUACGAUUUCUCGAAUGGCAUGGUUACCCUUCAAAAUCAUUGCCAGCUUGUUUCCAGGUGGAUAAUCUUGUUGAACUUGACAUGUCAUACAGUACUGUUGAGCAAUUAGGGCAUGGAUUUAAGAGAUCAAUUAAUCUAAAAAUCAUCAAUCUCAGCCACUCAAUAAACAUGACCAACACUCCGGAUUUUACUGGAAUUCCAAAUCUAGAGAGUCUGAUUCUUGAAGGCUGUACAAGUUUGUUUGAGGUCCAUCCAUCACUUGGACAUCACAAGAAGCUUCAACUCGUGAAUCUUGUGGACUGCAAUAGUCUUAGGAUUCUCCCAAGCAACCUUGAAAUGGAAUCCCUAAAAGUUUGCAGGCUUGAUGGCUGCUCGAAACUUGAGAAGUUUCCAGAUAUAGUAGGAAACAUGAACUGCUUAAGGGAGCUUCGUUUGGAUGGGACUGGUAUUGCUGAACUAUCUUCAUCAAUUCAUCUUUUGAAAUCACUUAAAAAACUUGAUCUGUCUGGUUGUUCUGAACUUCAAAACAUACCAGAGAAUUUGGGGAAAGUAGAAAGUUUGGAGGAGCUUGAUGCAAGUAAAACUUCAAUAAGACAACCGCCAGCGUCCUUUUUUCUUUUGAAGAAUCUUAAAGUAUUGUCUUUUGAAGGAUGCAAAAGAAUAACUGUGAACCUCACUGAUCAAGUGUUGCCUUCUUUGUCUGGUCUGUGUUCUUUGGUAGAGCUUGAUUUAAGCGAUUGCAAUCUAGGGGAAGGGGCAGUUCCUGAAGAUAUUGGCUGCUUAACUUCAUUGUGGAGUUUAGAUCUCAGCAGGAAUAAUUUUGUUAGCCUGCCUAAAAGCAUAAAUCAGCUUUCUGGGCUUGAAAUGCUCAUCUUGGAGGAUUGUGUGAUGCUUGAAUCAUUGCCUGAGGUUCCAUCAAACAUUCAAACAGUAAAUUUGAAUGGUUGUUUAAACCUAAAAGAAAUUGCAGAUCCAAUAAAGCUAAGAAGUUCGAAAAUAUCAGAGUUCAAAUGUCAGAACUGCUGGGAAUUGUACAAGCAUAAUGGCCAAAACAACUUGGGUUUGAACAUGCUUGAAAGUUACCUCCAGGGCUCAUUUCCAAGACCUGGAUUUGGUAUUGCUGUUCCUGGAAAUGAAAUUCCAGACUGGUUUAAUCAUCAAAGUAAUGGAUCUUCAAUUUGGGUGCAAGUGCCUUGUAGUUACGAGGAUGGUGAUGAUAGUGGAUGGAUGGGGUUUGCUGCAUGUGUUGCAUUCAGUGCAUAUGGCGAAAGUCCUUCUCUCUUUUGUCAUUUCAAAGUGAAUGGAAGAGAAGAUUAUCCUUCGCCGAUGAGUAUAAGUUGUAACUCAGUCCAAGUUCAGUCAGAUCAUCUUUGGUUAUUCUACUUGUCUUUUGAUUACCUGAAAGAGCUUAAAGAAUGGAAGAAUGAAUCCUUUAGCAACAUUGAGUUGUCGUUUCAUUCUUAUGAGCAAGGAGUGGAGGUGAUGAAUUGGGAGCGAGGAGUAGAGGUGAAGAAUUUUGGGGUCUGUUUGGUAUCAUCUUCUGGCCGUCUUAGUGUUGCAAGCAAAGAAGCAGCUUCUUCAUAUAUUGAUUAUUUGGCUACUUCUUCAUCUUACCGUCAAUGGAAGCAUAAUGUUUUCCUUACCGUCAAUGGAUGCAAUAAUUUCACCUAUUUAUAUACAGCUCUAGUCCAGAGAGGCAUUAUCAAUCAUGGAGAACUAGAGCAUUUAAAGGUAAUUGGAUCAAGUCUGUUAGAGGCCAUUGAAGAAUCGAGGCUGUCAGUUAUUAUUUUUAAAAGAGAUUAUGCUUGUUCGAUUUGGUGGUUGGAUGAACUUGUUAAGAUUGUGGGAUUCCUGAAUAAGAUAAGAUCGGAGACUGUUUUUCCAGUUUCAGUAGUUUCUUAUGAUGUCGAACAAUCGAAGAUAGAUGAACAAACAGAGAGUUACACAAUUGUCUUUGAUAAGGAUGAAGAAGGAGAUUUCAGCCAAAGUGAGGAGAAGGUACAAAGGUGGAUGAAUAUUCUCAACAAGGUCGCCACUUCAUUUGGAUCGGAAUCAUCAGAAAGGUAA